AUGCAAUAUGGGAUCAUCGGUCAAUUUCACUCGAUCCAUCUACUUAUUGUCGUCAUUUUAUCGAUAGCAUGGGGCGCGGAGGGAAAAAAGCUAAAAGAGCAAGAAAUCAUUCAACGAGUGUUAAAAGAUUACGAUUGGCGAGUGAGGCCGAGGGGAACAAAUGAGAGUUGGCCGGAUACGGGUGGGCCGGUGAUUGUCACGGUGAACAUUUAUCUGCGAUCCAUCUCAAAAAUCGAUGAUGUAAACAUGGAAUACUCGGCACAGUUCACUUUCAGAGAAGAAUGGACGGAUAAACGGCUGGCGUACAAGCGCUUCGCCGAGAACGAUGCCGAUAUCCAGAUUCCACCAUUCGUCGUUUUGGCAACCAGCGAGCAACCGGAUCUCUCGCAGCAGAUCUGGAUGCCGGACACGUUCUUCCAAAAUGAAAAAGAAGCGCGUCGGCAUCUAAUCGACAAGCCGAACGUAUUGAUACGAAUUCACGAGGACGGAUCGAUUCUUUACAGUGUUCGGCUGAGUCUAGUGCUAUCCUGUCCGAUGUCACUGGAGUAUUAUCCACUUGAUCGACAGACCUGCUUGAUCGAUUUGGCUUCUUAUGCCUACACAACACAGGACAUCAAAUACGUGUGGAAAGCCGAGAAUCCGAUUCAGAAAAAGAAAGGUUUAGAGCAAAGUCUUCCCUCGUUCGAGUUGGCGAAUGUAGAGACUGGAUCAUGCACGAGUAACACAAAUACAGGCGAGUACAGCUGCCUGCGAACGAGGCUCAUUUUGAGGAGGGAAUUCUCCUACUAUUUGCUGCAACUCUACAUCCCAUCAUUCAUGUUGGUGAUCGUGAGUUGGGUUUCCUUUUGGUUGGACAAGGACAGUGUGCCGGCCAGAGUGACGCUGGGAGUGACGACUCUCUUGACGAUGACCACACAAAGCUCUGGGAUUAACUCUAAACUCCCGCCUGUCAGCUAUACAAAGGCGAUUGAUGUAUGGAUUGGAGUCUGUCUAGCGUUCAUCUUCGGCGCUUUACUCGAGUUCGCCCUUGUAAACUACGCGGCAAGAAAGGACAUGACAGCCUGCGGGCAAAGAAUGAUGAACAUGAAAGGAGUCGGGGGACAAGAAGGCUAUCGUCCGUUGGUCGGAUCACAACCGAGAUCUUCUUUUUGUUGCAAGAUUUUCGUCCGACGUUACAAAGAGCGCUCUAAACGAAUUGACGUCGUGAGCCGACUCGUUUUUCCAAUUGGAUAUGCGUUUUUUAAUGUGCUCUACUGGAGCGUCUACCUCAUG